CCCUACAKCAGGUCGAUCGAAAAGUCAGGCGGGGCGGCUCCAUUCUUAAAGGUYUAUUAUUGUAUUGUACCAAUUUCAUCCACAAUGAUAUUAUCAUCGAGUAGAUUCUCAUUGUUCCUCGCAUCGGGGUCGCUGGUUUUGUUUCGAUCAGAAGCCUUUGUUCCCACGAGUAUUUCGUCCUCUCGAUCAACGCAACAAUGGAUGGCAGGAGGAGAAGGAGGGGAGAGCGAGUGGGUCAAAGCCCUUUUGGAAUCGACAGCGCCCGUUCCCGGUGCCUUUGAAGACGAAAUGAAAAUGAAGGGUCUGCUUGGAAAAAAGAUSGACGGAAAUCCAAAGCUCAGCGCGAACGCCAGACUCAUAAAUUGGUUGAGCGAGGAAGGAGACAUGUACCUGAGCGAAGAAUCGUCGUGGGGUGAAGCUCCGCAUCCGAUGGCCAUUUCCACGGAAACCAAGGACGAAAUUACGAACGAAUCGUCGGGACGAGGUCUUUUGGCACGCCGUGACAUCAACGACGGAGACAGUCUUUUGAAAGUACCUCUGAAAUUGUGUUUGACGAAGGCUUCUGCUAGAAAAGCUCUCGGAAAGGAUGUCCUUCCGAGAGAGAUCAACGAGUACCUAGCGAUUGCUUGCCAGUUGAUCCACGARCGAUACGUUCUGGGAGAAAAAUCCUUCUGGAAGCCUUACAUCGACGUUCUUCCCGAAACCGAAGAAGUGAACCCGACGUUCACUUGGAGCGAUGACGAUCUAUCCUUUUUGAAUGGAUCUCCAAUUAUUGCGGCUACCAAAUCACUGCAGAUGAAACUCCAACGGGAAUACAAUGAUUUGCUGGGUGGCGAAGACGGUCUAAUCAGUAAACACCCGGACCGAUUCCCUAAAGAGGUACGUUCCUUACGCAAUCCGUUUUGGCUUUAGUGGAGGGGGGAAAAAAAUCUUUAGCGCAGCACAGUAGCUCCGUUAGCUGCCUUCUUCACAAACCCAUCACUCAAAAACCGUGCCUUGAAUUGACCACGAUUCGUACGACCCUAUUCCAAUAGCAUUUCACGUAUGAAAACUGGGUCUGGGCCUUCACCAUGCUAUUUUCUCGUGCCAUCCGACUUCGCAGUCUCAGAGAUGGCGAGGCUCUCUCCAUGGUACCUUAUGCGGAUCUUAUCAAUCACUCACCCUUUUCUCAAGCGUUCAUCGACGCUAGGGAAGGUGGCGACUGGCUCUUUUCUAGUGGCGAAGAAGAAGUGAUUCUCUAUGCCGACCGGGGUUAUCGCCGAAUGGAGCAAAUUUAUAUUUCGUAUGGUCAAAAAUCGAAUGCWGAGCUCUUGCUUUUGUAUGGAUUUGCAGUCGAGAGAAACCCGUACAACUCUGUGGACGUGACCGUGGCGAUUUCCCCGCUWACGAAAUCCUUUGUAAAGGAAUCGGGAGACGAGAACUUGAUUGUUGAUCCUUUGGCGGACGAGAAACUUGCAUUUUUGGAGUCGGUAGGGAGGGAGAGUUUGGUCGACUUUCCUUGUUAUGCUGAUCGAUACCCAGUGGAACUACUCGAAUAUCUUCGGUUGAUGCAAAUGACACCCGAAGAUACUCGUGGAAAACCUUUGAAGGAGUUCGACUAUGCUCGAUCAAUAUCUAUGGCGAACGAGGCUGCGGUGCUCACAUCGGUGAUCAAUGCUGUCACGCGACAACUGGACAAAUACCCAAACACGGAAGAAGAGGACGCCGCUCUCAUCAAGGACAAGGCUAUGUUCCGUCUUCUCUCMUAYAACCAACGAAUGGCCAUCCGUCACCGAAGAAACGAAAAACGCUUGUUGAAGCGAACRAUUGCUGCGCUCGAAAACCAAAUUCGAAAGUCUGGUCUUGACGAGGUCGAUCUURAGCGCGCCGAGGGAAGCACUCUGGGACAACUACUGCCUGGAGACGAACGCAGAUAUGGAAUGAAACAGAGGACCGCCCUCGAGGAUAGACUCGAAAAGAUGGGUCUGCCCGUAGACAUCAGAAAGUAAUGAAAGUAGAAAUGAAACUCAAGUAGGGAA